AAGCUAAAAAUCUGACAAAAACAAACCGUCUUCUCUCCACAUGACUCCUCUCUUCCUCUCCUCUUAACUCAGGAGAAUCUUCUCCACUCAGUCCAAGAAACUGCUCCCUGUUUACUCAACCUUCUCUUCACUCCAUUUACUCAACUGAUUUUUCAAUCAUCAAUGUCGGCGCCGGAGAACUUGGAUCCGAUUCUCUAAUUCCGGUAAAUAUUAGCUCCGUUAAGGAAUUUACUGGCGGUUGAUCAAAGGCAAUGUCUCAUUCAUGGGAUGGACUCGGGGAGAUUGCUUCAGUAGCUCAGCUCACAGGCCUAGACGCUGUCAAGAUCAUUGGUCUUAUAGUGAAAGCAUCCAACACUGCUUGGAUGCACAAGAAAAACUGUCGCCAGUUUGCUCAACACCUUAAACUCAUUGGUAACUUGCUUGAGCAGCUGAAGCUCUCUGAGAUGAAGAAGUAUCCAGAGACUCGUGAGCCUCUUGAAGGCCUUGAGGAUGCUUUGAGGAGGUCUUAUAUUCUGGUUAACAGCUGUCGUGACAGGAGCUAUCUAUACUUGUUGGCUAUGGGAUGGAACAUUGUUUACCAGUUUAGGAAAGCUCAAGAUGAGAUUGAUCGGUUUCUUAAGAUCAUACCACUCAUUACUUUGGUUGAUAACGCUCGAGUCAGAGAGAGGUUAGAAUAUAUUGACCGUGAUCAGUUCGAGUACACUCUGGAUGAAGAAGAUAGACAUGUGCAAGAUGUUAUUAUGAAACAAGAAUCCACCAGAGAAGCAGCUUCUGUACUCAAGAAGACUCUCUCUUGCUCAUACCCUAACUUGCGGUUCUGUGAUGCUCUCAAAACAGAGAACGAGAAACUGCAGCUCGAGCUUCAGCGCUCGCAGGAGCAUUAUGAUGUGGCGCAGUGUGAAGUCAUUCAACGUUUGAUUGGUGUUACUCAAACCGUUGCUGAGGUUGAUGGUGGCUCUGAGAAGAAAAGAAUUGACCGUAUCUCAAGCAAUACGGUUGAAUAUUCGUAUGAGGAAGAUUCUCCAAAGAAAAAUAGUAGUCGUGCAGCUUCGAGGUCCACUUCUAAUGUUACAUCGGGGCAUGAGAUGCUUUCAAGAAAAGCAUCACAGCACCAUGAAGAGUGGCAUACGGACUUAUUAGCUUGUUGCUCGGAACCUUCUCUUUGCUUGAAGACAUUCUUUUUCCCGUGUGGUACUUUGGCAAAGAUUGCCACUGCAGCAACUAACAGACACAUGUCUUCAGCUGAAGCAUGUAAUGAGCUAAUGGCGUAUUCUUUGAUACUUUCUUGUUGCUGCUAUACUUGUUGUGUGAGGAGGAAACUCCGGAAAAAACUCAACAUAACGGGAGGGUACAUUGACGAUUUUCUAUCACAUUUGAUGUGUUGUUGUUGUGCUCUUGUUCAAGAACUGCGAGAAGUUGAGAUUCGUGGGACUUAUGGUACGGAGAAGACGAAAGUAAGUCCGCCUCCUUCGCAGUUCAUGGAACAUUGAAUCAUAUUUUCAAUCAUAUACUAAAAAGGUGGAAAACAAUACGACCUAUUAUACCUCUCUGAAUAUGACACAAGAUUCUUCUUUCUUGCUGCUUUGUUUUAGAUCGUUGUUGUGUGUGUAAAUUGGUUGGAGAUUCCCAUUGAAGUUUUCAGUAUAUUGUGUUGUUGUGUAUCAUAAUAGACUACUAUACAGACUAACUAGAUUCUCUUAAUUUACAUUUUACCAUAUGAUGA